AUGAGCCACAAUCAGCCGCAUAUGUGGCACCAGCAAAGUCUCGAUCUGUAUCCAGGUCAAAUCGACGUGUGUGAUUUGACCACGUCUUCAAGAUCCGUCAACAUAAGCUGUCAAGACUGUGGAAACCAAGCCAAGAAAGGGUGCACGCACAUGCGGUGCAGAACUUGUUGUAAGAGCCAAGGGCUCGACUGUCCUACUCACGUGAGGAGCACGUGGAUCCCCAUCGCCAAACGCCGUGAACGGCAGCAACAUAUACAGACGCCAUCCAAUGGAAAUGGCGGUGUCCGCGGAGGUGGGAAUUUACCGACUACCAUAGACUCAUCAGGGCUAGAGAUUGGAGAGACAACAUUUCCAGAAGAAGUGAGCUCAGAUGCACUUUUCCGGUGCGUUAGAAUGAGCAGUGUCGAUGACGGAGAUGGCCAAUAUGCUUACCAGACGACGGUGGGCAUUGCUGGUCACGUCUUUAAGGGAAUUUUAUAUAACCAAGGCCCAGAAACCAUGUUUAUGCCUGGUACACAAUUCUACGAGAACCCACCAAGAUCUUAA